CAUGUACUUGUCUGGUUAAGAUGGUUGAGUGUCCCCUGUAUACUUUAGUGUGAUUAGCACAGCUAUACCUUCACUCAGAAACUGUUUAUCACAGUCACUUAGAUCUGUACCCGAGUCCUCGUAAGGAGCGCACAAAAAAAAAACUGGAUGCUGGAACUCGGAAGAAAAAUGUCUGGACAUGUUCAGCAACUCAGGCAGCAUCAACAAGAGAGGAACAGACUUAACGUUUCAGCAUUGUUCAAGCAUUCUGAAUGCUGGGAUGGAUCGCAACCCAUCUCCACCACCAAGUGAUGAAAGCAGUGAUGAGACAACCAGAGUUGAUGCAAUUGGGAACACAGUGUAUAGUAAGCACUGGUUGUUCAGCACACUCAUGAGGCUGAUUGAGCUUGUCUCUCCAGAAGGUGAAGAGGUGGAAGAGUUAGAUUCCAGAGCAGAGACAGAGCUGGAUGAGGAUCUGGAGAAUGAGAUCUGUAAAAUGUGGGACAUGUCAAUGGAUGAGGAUGUUGCUGUGUUUCUUCAGGAAUUCAAUGCUACAGACAUCUUGUUGGGGAUCAUUGGUAAAUCCAAGUGUCCCCGACUAACGGAAAUUUGCGUUGGUAUCCUGGGAAAUAUGGCUUGUUACAAUGAGACCUGUCGGGCAAUCAGUAACAACGAUAAUCUCGUUGACGUUUUGCUAUUGCUACUAGGAGAUUCUGACCCACCUACUCUUUUGGAAACGAGCAGGUUAAUACUGAGCUGUCUUUCUCAGCCAGAUGUGUCCAGCAUCUGGGUUAACCAAAUCCAUAAGCAACACUCUGUUCGGGAGAAUGUAUGCUUCAUAAUGCAGAGCUCCACAAAUGGUAAGUGGUUUACUUUUUUGUGA